CCUGACACAUCGUACGAAAUACCUGAGAACUAGGCUAUGCAAACUUUUCGUGAAUUUUGGUUGUAGAAGCAGAAGAUAAUUUGACGCUUACGCUUAGCGUGUAUUUAUAUGCUUUAAUGGGGAGGUGCAGAUGCCUAUGCAACAACCUCGCAUCGGAGAAGGUUUCCGCAAGCAAGAAAAACAAUGUUUGGAAAGAAACAGCACGUCGACGUUAAGAAAUCGGCCCAGAAAGUGCUCGAAGCCAAAAGGGACUCGCUCAGUCGAUUAAAACAUCUGCGUGUAUUCCUAGAUAAUGUCGAUAACCCCGAAGCAAAGCUGUUCUUUGAAUCAAACUAUAGCCACAUCUACUGCAUAUUCCAUGAUGUGUUUUCCACCUUAGAGACGUCCCUGAAGCAGAGAGUGCAUAAAACUCAGAAGGAAGAGCUCGAUAAUGUGAAAUAUAUUUUUGAGAAAAUAUUGGUGUUGCUGCCGGAGCUGCUGGCUCAGCGAUGGCAAUGGCACAGCGUGCGAAUCAUUAUUAAGAAGAUGCUACACCCUCUGAAUUCAACUCGGCUGCGCCUGGAAGGUGUGCGCCUGUUCAUCCUGUGGUACCAAAUCUUGGGGGAAAGUGCACCGUCUGAGGUACACAACAUGUUCCUGCAACUUGUGCCAGGGCUCCUACCAGGAUCCCCCCCUGCUAUAGGUCCUCAGCAUGUGGGACGGGGAACGUCAGACCCUACGCAGGACUCUACCUUCUAUACGUCUGUAGAGGCUGAUUCAGGGCCCGUAGUAGCAGUUGAAAUUGGGCCGCUGCUACCCCCUCAAGGCAGCGAGGUUCAAACAGAAAACAUCACCGUGACAUAUCUAGGGUACCUCAUGGAGUUCAUGGUGACGCAGGUGAUAAAAGUGCAGUGGAGGGAAAAACAGGAGGCAAACCACCGGCGCUGCUUCGAAUUUCUCUUUGAGAAGUUCAAACGACACUACCUGCCGCACAUUUUCCCAGACUUCUGCUACACCAACAGCAUUUACAAGCCUAAUUUAGGACGUGAGGGUUACGAAUGGGUAUUGACCUCCUUAGAGCUGCCCUCUCUGCGAAAGGACAGAAAAACGCAGAGCAAUGACUCCACAACAAUAGCAUCGACGGUUGCAGCGCAAUGCCGCAGCGUCACUGUGCAGUGGGUAGUCAGUUAUACACAGUCUAUUCGUGUGAAGAAGGAAGACAUCAACAGUGCAAGCAGGAAGCAGGAAGUGGCAGAAGCAGGUGACCGACAGCAGAGCAGCGCGCACGAACUCCACUCCUCAGGUCCCUCGCUUUCAUCAGUCACUGCCAGCAGCGCCGCCCUGUCCAUAGGCACCCUGUCGGAGCGGGAAUCCGACACGCAGCUCCUGUCCGCGGAGGCAUGCACGAAGCAGCAGUUGCAGGUUGUGCGUGAUGUGCUGUAUUCCAGGAAGGACAACGUGGACCUGAUCCACGAGAUCUUCAGACAAGCAUUCCUACUACCCUUUACGCAGUCGAGCACGACGAAAAAUGUGAUUAAUACUUACAGAGACUGGAUUCAAAAGUCGUCGCCAGACGUGCCGCCCUUUCUUGUGGAUGUUGAGAGUAAAGAACAGAAAGAAGAUGAUACCAAAGGUGCCAAAAACUCCCAUGUUGAGAAUGCCUCACAUCCCGGUGCAUUGUUGCAGAAGCGCGAAAAUGUCUACGCUGGUUCGCAGAACGUUUUCCAAAUUUUCAUCACCAAUGCAGCUAACGUCUUUCUCUUGGAAAUUGCUCCAGAAAACCGAAAUCUUUUAGAUGAACAGGUUGAGUUGUGCAAACGUGUGAUGAACAUCUACCGGUACAUGGUGAUGAAACAGCAUAUGGAAAAAAAUACCUGGGAGCAGUUGCUGUUGGUGCUCUUGCGUGUGACAUCGCUGGUAUUGAAGACAAGCCCUCCAACACGGAAAGAUGAAGUGCUGGGAGGCAGGCUGGCUCCUGCACUCUUCCAGACACUCAUCGUGACUUGGAUAAAAGCCAAUUUGCACGCAACCAUUUCCCUGGAGUUAUGGGAUGGAUUCCUCAACGUUCUCUCGUCCCUCACGCAGUGGGAGGAGCUUAUUCGCGAGUGGGCUAAAACUAUGGAAACUCUCACUCGCAUUCUAGCGCAACACGUGUACCGUCUCAACUUGGGAGACCUGCCGCUGCAGCGUGAGCAACAGCACAGGCGGAGACGAGGAUUAAAGCAGCAUCCGCGAGCGGCAGACGCGUCGCGUAGCAACGUGGCUGGAACCAGCUCAUCUUCAACUAAUCGAAAUGCUGCGUCGAGGACGACGUCUUCCCACACUUCUUCCCUGGCUGGCUCCAGGGAAGAGGAAAGAGGCGGAAGUCAGGAAGGCGGAAAUGUUCCACCGUCUCCGCGGUUGAGGAGUGGAAGUCUUGGGCAGAGAAGCAACAGGACUGAAGAUGAUGACCGCAGUUCCGAGCAGGCAAGAUGCAGCAGCGGAGAUGGUUCCCUGCCUCCCCACCAUGCUGAAAUGUUCUCGGAGAAGCAUCCGCCCGUUACACGUUGCUAUUCGGACGGUCAUCUUCUUCUGCACAAGGUGGAGAGGCUGCGCCGAAUGCGACGUGCAGGAACUCCCGUGUGCACUCAGGACCGGUUUGAUAUUGCAUCUGUGUCGUCCGACACAAACGGUCAGCACGACGUCCGCCCGUCGUGCCCGAUCACGAAGAGCAGAUCCCUGGAUUAUUUAACUAUUAGAGUGGAUUCUCCCUGUAUGUCUCACGGCUCCGAGUACAGGAGCCGGUCGCCGUCUCCGACUCCCUCGAGUGGUCUCGAGAGUACAAGCAUUAAGGAUUCGCCCAUUCAGAUUGACGUGCUGGUUGCCAGCAGUGAAGGUACCUGUAACUCGGGAGGUCUGUCAGAACGGAAGCGAAGAGCAGAUGGCGGGACAGACAGGCACAGUGUCUUGGCUGGCGGGACAGUGAAGGGAUGGCUUCCGGAAGUGGCCGUUGCAAUAUGGCGCCGCAUGCUGGGCUCUAUGGGUGACGUCAACAACAUUCACAGCCCCGCUAUUCACGCACAGGUCAUGGAACAUCUCAUCGCCCUCUCCGAGACUUUAGUCAAGAUGAGGGAGAACCUCGGAGUAACUGAAGAUAACAUGACGACGCCCGACCCUCCUGCACUGAUUCCACCUUUACUUCUGAUUGCACCGUGGUUAUUCGAGGCAACCAGCCUGGCUGACUCGUACGAGCGUGGUCGUCUCCUGGCCCUGCGACUGCUAUGCUGGCUAACAGUUAGACGACACGACUAUCCAUUGUCAUUCGACUAUCUGGCUCGAUUUUAUAAAAUAGUUCAUUCGUUUCUGCUGACAGAGGAUCAGAAGGCAGUGAAUGCCAUUGUAAAGUACUGCGGAUCCAAGCUAUUUUCGUGUGGCCUUCCGGGACACACCAUUUUGUUUCUCGACCUUAUUCGGGGAGCAGGUACCGUCGUCUGCUCUGCGGGAAUGAAAGGAAUGCCCAGGGUUGAGGCGGUCACACUCUUGGGAAGCUUACUUUGUUUUCCAAAUGUUUACAAAGAGGUUAAAGUUCUCCAGCCAGAUGCCGAAAAUUUAACGUUGCUACCAUUUACUGAAGCAAAGGAGCACGUGGCCACUCUUCUCCUUCGUGCUGGCAUGAGUGAUCCUGAUUGUGCGGCACGAUGUGUAGCCAUCAGCUCGCUCGCAAUCAUGGUCUACGAAGAGCUUGCUCACAACACUGGGUUUCAUAAAAUUCAGGAGGCAGUUGGUGUUCUUCUCAUUUCCAUUAAGCACACCAGUCACAAGGUUGCACAAGUGGCUAGUGACAUGCUUCGUUUGCUGUGUGACCAUGCCGUCUACCUGUCAGAUAAUAUGAGUGACAUUCCUGUUAUUAUAAUUGAGGUGGUGUCUUCCACGUUGUAUUCACUUUUGCCGACCAACAGUGGUGACAUCAAAGAAGACAACAGAAAAGUUGUGCUUUCACUAUUGUUCUGCCUGGCUGACUGGGUUAUGAAUUUAUCGCUGGAGAUGCUAACCAAGCCAAACAGCAACGGCACUACACCAUUGCUUUCAGUGCUGAAUGUCCUGGACCAUGCUCUCAUGGGCAAUGGUGCAGAUGUCUAUUGUGAUGUGUCUUCUCUGCUGUCUGAACUGUGCCCACUGGGCAUUGUGGGAAUGGAACCUGAGCCCGAAAAGCUAGCAGAUGACGUGAAGAGCCAAGGAAGCAGCACAAUGACGUCUGGGGGAAGGAUAGCCCGCUCCAUGGCCAGCUUUGUACCACCAGCUGUUCUGCAGAACGAUCUCCGUAGAACUGGAAACGUCAAGCUUGCUGCAAGAAUGGUUCUGUGCCACCUAUUGCAUCAGCUGGGACAUUUUCCCAUGGGAGGGCUGGGAGCGGCACAAUUAACCAGUCUCGUAGCUGAGCAUGAUGACGUUCCCAUGCUGCACGAUCGAGAACUCUGCAAGGAGAUUUUCACUUCUCCAAACAUUCAGAUGUUUGUGCUCAACAAUUCUGCCAUUAUGUCCCUUGUUGAAGUGCCUUCACAGGAAGCCCCUGGAGGAGGAACAACCGUCGGACUCGCGACAGGAAAGUCCCAAGUCCGGAUCAUUGUCCGGGACCUGAGCGGGAGAUUUGCAUGGGAUUGCCUUACGCUGUACGGACCGAAUGGAUGCCGUGCGGGAUCGUUUCCUCCAGGUCCGGUUCCGGACCCUUGCUUACACUACACCACCCAACGCAGCAGCGGAGGUCGCAACAUGCCCUCGGAUCGUCGAGACAGGUCGUCCCCUCCACGAGCAUCCCCUUCCCACGAUUCUUCUGGCCGAAGAAGUCCCGUUCAUCGGCCCCCCGACCUCCUGCCGCUUUUGGAGAACACGCAAGAAAACUAUGAUAAUUUGGACGACCUGCUACAAUAUGUGGGGCACACAAGCCCAGAGUGUGUCCUGUCUCCAAGCCAGCCCCUGAACUCGGCCGCAAAGGCUGCUCACGAGCUGGCUAGUUUGCAUGAGGCAGACACUAUACAGCUCCUCAUGCAACAGCAGAGUCAAGAACUGAGCCACACAGAACGUUCUGCCUACAGUUCUGAGAUGUUAUCCAAAACUACGACACCGCCAAAUACCACAGAUCCACUUUCACCAUUCCAGUACUCCCGUCUUCUGCUAGAGAAUUUCAAUUUCUUCACAUGGGAGAAGAGACCAAAGUUCGACCUAGUCAAGAAAAACGAAAAGUUGCUGCGGGAGCUGCGGAAUCUCGACAGCCAAGCCUGCCGUGAAACCCACAAGAUAGCGGUGAUCUAUGUGGCUGAAGGGCAGGAAGACAAAAAUUCCAUAUUUAUGAAUCAGAGUGCAAGCCCAGCAUUUGAACAGUUUGUGGCUGGCCUAGGAUGGGAGGUUGAUUUGGAGACGCACACAGGAUACAAUGGUGGCCUGGAGACGAAUCGCAGCACGGGAAAGACGGCACCGUACUACGCAGCGUCGUUCCUGGAAGUGCUGUUUCACGUUUCGACACGGAUUCCUGCCUUAGAGAAGGAUGCCGUAACGAAAAAGUUACGGCACUUGGGGAACGACGAGGUGCACAUAGUGUGGUCGGAACACACGCGGGACUAUCGCCGAGGUAUCAUCCCGACAGAGUUCUGCGACGUCCUCAUCGUCAUCUACCCACUAGGGAACUGGCUGUACCGUAUCCAAAUUAAUCCAAAGCCAGAGGUACCGUUCUUUGGUCCACUGUUUGACGGCGCCAUAGUAGACCACAAAGUGCUGCCUGCAUUGGUUCGUGCUACAGCCAUAAAUGCAGGGAGGGCUGUCAACUCUCUCAAACCUGCCUUCAGGACAUAUUAUGAGCAUAGAGCUCAAGCCCUGGAGAACAUAGUCCAGAACUACAAAGAGCAAACCACUUUUGAAGACUUCGCUUCCAAGGUGCUGGCCCCAGCUCCAGCUAAGAGUCCGCUUGUGCUUCGAAGAUCAGGGCCCCCUGGGGGAUCAGAUGGAGGAUCUCCACAGAUGGGUUCUACCUUGGCGGCUGCAUUGUUAGACUGCGACAGUGGGGCCGUCGACCGUGCACCAUAGAACGAGACCGGUGACAAUGUCCGCGUCUGUGGGGGAGCAGGCCUCUUUUCCGCAGCGCAGUGUCUUGGGGACCCCUCCUCUAAAAGAGCGUCCCCUGUCCGCAUCACGCAGUCAGACGACGACAUCAUCCUCGAUUCCGCAUUGACGCCGUUGAUUUCGCACCGCAUGUGACAGAUCGUACCUUCCCACAUUUUUUUUAUGACUGGCAUUUUUUUAGCCACACCAUUGUUAUGACGACUAAUAUUAUUGCUGUUAUCAUUGUUGACACUUGUUGAUCGACGGGCUAAUCACUGUGUGACGAUUCAACGACACCGCACGGGGGACCUCCAUGCACUAAUCUGUUUUUUGUGACGAUGAAGGAGACGAGAUGAUCGUGACUUUUAAUUUUUUUUUUCUGCUCUCAAAUAUAUUUUGCAAGGUGUAGUAUUUAUAAAAAGAAACGGUUGAUGAAUUUCCUUUGUUAGACUUUUUAUUGCAGAAGUAUACGAGUGCAAUCUCACCAGAACUAUAAGAGCACCACUCUGGAAUGUUAAGCUAGCCGUACCUUUGGAUGCUUUCUAUGCAGAUUGUAGUAUUUAGUGAGUGAAGUACAAAACCUUGUUUUCUCGCAUUUUUAACUGUACUUUUUGUCUGCUAGGAGGGGGCACGAAAUGAUAUUUAUUUGCACUAAGGGUAACUAGAAUCGUGGAAUCCACUCGCGAGUAGUAGGAGACACAUCGAAGAAACAAUACGCCGUUGGGAGAAAAAAAACGAUGACUGCUUCACUGACUCCGAACCAUUUUGAGUUCCUCUGGUGGAGACCUAUAACCUUCACAGAAACUAGGAUUUUUGUACAUACUUAUACAUAUGUAUACAUAAGUAACUAAUUAUCAAACAGUGUAAAUAACUUAGUUAAGGUUUAUAUGCUGCAGGCACUGUUGCUCGAUACACACAGAAGCAAAAUAUCCUCCGUGCAGCUCAGAUGCGUUAUUUUUGCGAUGCCACGGACAUUUGCCAUGUAUCGUUGAAGGAAUUUCGUGUGGGGCCAUGCUUGUAAAGCGUAUUUCUUGUAAGAUAUAUAAGGUUUCAUUUUGCCUACUUGGUCUGGCCAUUGCAAAGGUAAUGUGGUUAUGACUGCACUCUAUGACAAUGUAAGUUUUUCGCAUUGAAUUUCUCCAUGAUAAGCUAAGCAGUGACGGAGGGUAGCCUCACAAGGUUGUCAUUUUUACACACACAUUGUAUAAAGAAACUUGUGCUGUAAAUAGCGAUAUUGUCAAGUUGCGCAGGAUUUCAAAAAAAAAAUAAAAACAGCUUCUGUGGAGAAUUUUGUGACCAAUCGAGCUUGACAGCAUCAACGUUUUCUGUAGAUGCAUUGUGCAAUAAAAAAAAGGUUCCCAACGAC